CGGUCCGAGCGGUGCGCCAUGCUGUGGAGCGUGGCGGCUCUGCGGAGAAGCGGGCUCCUCUGCGGCCGGGGCGGCGGGAGGGGGCUGUGGACUGGCCGCCCGAAGUCAGGGAUUUAAUCCAAGGGUUCAUCCAUGCUAAGGAAGUGCUUCACCACUGAACUACACUCCCAAUUGCUGCUUUCCUUAUUACAGUUGAAAAAUUGGUCAAGAGAAGUUAAAUGAUUUGCAUAAAUUCACAUAACAAGCACAGUUCCGGGGCUCAGGAGGCAGAGGUGGAAGCAUCACUUAAUCCCAGGAGAUUGAGACCAGCCUGGGCAACACAGACCUGUUUCAAAUCUCAGAUGAAGAGAGGAGAAAGGGGAGAGGGAAAUGAAUUGAUGCUCCAUCCUUGGAGAAAUACAAUAGAGACUGACAAUGUUAAGCCAUUGGUGGGUGUAAAAAUCCUGGAUCUAACAAGAGUACUGGCGGGACCUUUUGCUACUAUGAAUUUGGGAGAUCUUGGAGCAGAAGUUAUUAAAGUAGAAAGACCAGGAGUUGGUGAUGACACACGAACUUGGGGGCCACCUUUUGUGGGCACAGAAAGUACAUAUUUUCUCAGUGUUAACCGAAAUAAGAAAAGUAUAGCUGUUAAUAUCAAGGAUCCAAAAGGUGUGAAAAUCGUCAAAGAGCUUGCAACUGUUUGUGAUGUAUUUGUGGAAAACUAUGUCCCUGGAAAACUGACUGCCAUGGGUCUGGGAUAUGAAGAUGUAGACAAGGUUGCUCCUCAUAUCGUCUAUUGCUCCAUCACAGGGUAUGGCCACACAGGUCCCAUGUCGCAGCGAGCUGGUUAUGAUGCUGUUGCCUCUGCUAUUUCUGGCAUGAUGCACAUCACAGGGCCUGAGGAUGGAGAUCCAGUUCGCCCAGGAGUGGCCAUGACUGAUCUUGCCACUGGCCUGUAUGCAUAUGGAGCUGUUAUGGCCGGACUGAUCCAAAGAUGUAAAACUGGAAAAGGACUGUUCAUUGAUUGUAACCUACUGUCAUCGCAGGUGGCAUGUUUGACCCAGGUAGCCGCUAAUUAUCUCAUUGACCAAAGGGAAGGGAAACGUUGGGGCACAGCUCAUGGAAGUAUUGUUCCUUACCAGGCUUUUAAAACCAAGGAUGGCCAUCUUGUGGUUGGAGCAGGAAAUAACCAACAGUUUGCUACUUUGUGCAAGAUCUUGAACUUACCUGAAUUGAUUGAUGACUCUAAGUAUAAAACCAACCAUCUUCGGGUACAAAAUAGAAAAGAGCUUAUUAAAAUACUGUCUGCACGGUUUGAAGAAGAAAUGACUGCCACGUGGUUGUGUCUCUUUGAAGGCUGUGGAAUCCCUUAUGGCCCAAUCAACAACAUGAAGGGUGUAUUUGCAGACCCCCAGGUAUUACACAAUGGCCUCAUUAUGGAGAUGAACCAUCCAGCAGUGGGGAAGAUUUCAGUUCCAGGCCCAGCUGUGAGAUACAGCAAGUUCAAGAUGUCAGAGGCCAGGCCACCUCCCCUGCUCGGGCAGCACACAACACACAUCCUGAAGGAGGUCCUCAGAUAUGAUGACAGGACCAUUGGGGAGCUACUCAGCGCUGGUGUGGUGACCCAGCAUGAGGCCAAGUGACACAGGAAAAAGGUUCUUUUUCAGAACCACAAUCGGAGUGCACUUUGCUGGCAAAGGCAGUUCUCCAUCUGGAUCCUUCUCCCCACAUCUGAUGCCACUGUGAAGCAGUUAGAGGAACUCCAGGAUUCCUGCCUGGCCUCUCUGGAAUGACUUGGAUGAAUGAGUCCACUGCACUUCAAAUGUACCCUACAUCAUUUUCCCUAUGAAUUUUUGUCAAAUAAUAGUCUGCAUUUGUGGAUUUUUUAAAAUAAAGAUUUAAUUUUGUUCUCACUCCAGAGAAGUAUGUAAGGUGACAGAUAUGUUAAUUAGUCUGGCUUGAUCCUUUCAUAUUGUAUAGAUGUAUGGAAACAGCACAUUGUACUUCAUAAAUACAUGCAAUUCCUAUCUGCUAAUUAAAAGUAAAAUAAAUUUUAAAAAGGGUUUAAUUGUUUUUUUCUGGAAAAAUACGCUCCUCAUUCUAAUUAUGCUAAUGACCUAAAUGUUUGCCUGUCCUGCCCACACAAGUGUGAAAAAGUGCAGAUCGCUUGACAUUCUCUACUUGUACAUAAAGUCCUCAUUUAAAUCUUUGUUAGGAAGUCAAAGUAAUAAGCAGGAUGACAGUCCUAGUGAUUGAUUUUAAACAGAAUAACUUAAUUUUGAGCUCUUGAACCCUUUAUUAGUGUGUAGUUUAAACCAUGGGCUUUGCUGAUGUCCCUUGUAAAACUGAGCUCCAUUCUCCGCUGUGGAAGUAAAUAUUUGCUUUAUGUUGUA